CGUCUCCUCCAACACAAAGCUGCUGCACUUCGGUUCCUACCACGGUGGGAGAUAUUUUCACGAAGUACAGACACGGUCCUUGUUCUUCUGAGAGGUUCUGCGGGUGAGAACGACAGACACAACUACAGAAUCGCAGGUCUCAAGCUCCACUAUCAACUGCAGUCAUGAUCAAAUUGUUGCUUGUGGCGAUUGUUGCGGGAUUGGUUUUCGAGAGCAACCAGCAGAGACUGGGGCUCAAGAAACUGGAGCCCAAGGAACCGGAGCCCAAGGAAGUGGAGCCCAAGGAGCCGGAGCCCAAGGAACCGGAGCCCAAGGAAGUGGAGCCCAAGGAACUGAAGCCCAAGGAACUGAAGCACUCUUUAGUGAAACCAGUUCCUACAAAAUUUCCCUGCGACUAUCCAACCCACAUCCAAUGCUGGACGAACUGGUUUGACAGAGAUGACCCCUCUGGAUCUGGAGACUGGGAAUUGCUCUACAAUCUUCGUAUUGAGAACCCAGGAAAGAUCUGCCCCAAACCAAUCCAAAUCGAGGCCAAAACUCUGUCUGGUCUCAGUGCGGCUGCAGCCGGGGACGUGAUUUUGAAAAGCGACACAACUACAGGAUUCAUCUGCAGGAACCAGGACCAGAAGUCCAAGAAGAUGUGCAACGAUUAUCGCGUUCGCUUCAGCUGCCAUCCCCCGUUCUGCGGCGGCGGAGUGUGCUGGACCGACUGGUACGACCGGGACCUUCCCAGUGGGACUGGCGACUGGGAGCUUUUGAGUAACCUGAAGUUAGAAAACCCAGGAGAGAUCUGUGACAGCCCGUUGUACAUCGAGGCUGUUACCACCGACACCAUGACCCCAGCCAUCAGCACAGGGGAGAACAUCUACAUCUACAACCCAACUGUGGGAUUCGUUUGCCGAAAGCAGGACCAGAAAUCCGGCCAAUGCCUCAACUAUAAAGUGCGGUUUGGAUGCCCGUGCCCAUGAUUCCACGGCAACACCGAGGUGCCGCGGCGAGAGAAGAACCCUUUUCCAAUUUUUAUCGCCGAUGUCUUUUCUCGUAUGAUUAUAUGAUUUGCUUCUCCUGAUUGAGAACCAAACAGAAAUCUGCCUUUUUCACGGUAAACUUGUGGUCAUUUUAUCAUUUAAAUCAAUUAUUUUCCCGCUGUGAAACCAAAUUUUGUAUCUUCAGUGGAAAAUAGGUAUAAGGGUUUUUUUUUUUUUCUUU